AAUCUGGCCUAAGGGACGACCACAGCGGGACGAUGCAGGCACACGAGUUAUUUCGAUACUUUCGAAUGCCAGAGCUCGGGGACUUCCGACAGUAUAUGCGCACUCUGCCAACAAACACGUUAAUGGGCUUUGGAGCGUUUGCCGCACUCACGACUUUCUGGUAUGCUACGAGACCCAAGGCUCUGAAACCACCGUGUGACCUCUCCAUGCAGUCGGUGGAAGUGGAGGGGACUGACGGUGCAAGGAGAUCCACGAUGCUUGACAGUGAUGAGCCAUUGUUGUUUUUCUAUGAUGAUGUGACAACACUGUAUGAAACCUUCCAGAGGGGUAUACACGUGUCAAAUAAUGGCCCUUGUUUAGGCUCUCGGAAACCUGAUCAACCAUAUGAAUGGAUGUCAUAUAAAGAGGUUGCAGACAAGGCCGAGUGUGUGGGCUCAGCACUGCUCCAGAAGGGCUACGAAGCAUCGCCAGAUCAGUAUUUUGGCAUCUUUGCUCAAAAUAGGCCUGAGUGGGUGAUUAUCGAACAAGGUUGCUAUGCAUACUCAAUGGUGGUGGUCCCUCUUUAUGACACCCUUGGAAAUGAAGCGAUCACAUACAUAGUUAACAAAGCUGAACUGUCUUUGGUUUUUGUUGAUAAGCCAGAGAAAACCAACCUCUUGUUAGAAUCUGUAGAAAACAAGCUAACCCCGGGUCUUAAAACCAUAAUCGUCAUGGAUCCCUUUGACAGUGAUCUUGUGGAACGAGGCAAGAAAUGUGGGGUGGAAAUAAUGAGCAUGAAAGCCUUGGAGGACCUCGGAAGAGCUAACAGGAGGAAGCCAAAGCCUCCGUCGCCUGGUGACCUUGCUGUGAUUUGUUUCACCAGUGGUACAACAGGCAAUCCCAAAGGUGCAUUGAUCACUCAUCAAAAUGUAGUGAGCGACUGUUCAGCUUUUGUGAAAGUGACAGAGAGUGUGGUGGCUCCUUCUCCAGAUGACAUUUUGAUAUCUUUCUUGCCUCUUGCCCAUAUGUUUGAGAGAGUUGUGGAGUGUGUAAUUCUCUGUCAUGGAGCUAGAAUUGGAUUCUUCCAAGGAGAUAUCCGGUUACUUAUGGAUGACCUCAAGAUGCUGCAGCCUACCAUCUUCCCUGUGGUUCCAAGACUGCUGAACCGGAUGUUUGACAGAAUAUUUGGACAGGCCAACACAACGAUGAAACGGUGGAUCCUGGACUUUGCUUCCAAGAGGAAAGAGGCAGAACUCCGAAGUGGCAUAAUUAGAAACAACAGCCUAUGGGAUAAAAUUAUUUUCCACAAAAUUAAGGCAAGUCUUGGAGGGAAAGUAAGGUUAAUGGUCACUGGAGCGGCUCCUGUAUCACCAACUGUCCUGACUUUUCUGAGAGCAGCACUUGGAUGUCAGUUCUAUGAAGGCUAUGGACAAACAGAAUGUACAGCUGGAUGUUCCUUGACGGUGCCAGGAGACUGGACAGCUGGCCACGUUGGUGCUCCAAUGCCUUGCAAUCUUAUAAAGCUUGUUGAUGUAGAAGAAAUGAAUUAUUUGGCUGCCAAGGGAGAAGGAGAGAUAUGUGUGAAAGGGCCAAAUGUAUUUAAGGGCUAUUUGAAGGACCCAGCAAAAACAGCAGAAGCUCUGGAUAAGGAUGGCUGGCUGCACACAGGAGAUAUUGGGAAAUGGUUACCAAAUGGUACCUUGAAGAUCAUUGACAGGAAAAAACAUAUAUUCAAACUGGCACAAGGAGAAUACAUAGCGCCUGAAAAAAUCGAAAACAUCUACCAGCGAAGUGAGCCUGUUGCUCAGGUGUUUGUACAUGGGGAAAGCUUACAGGCAUUCCUCAUAGCUAUAGUGGUACCAGAUGUGGAGACACUGGCUCCCUGGGCCAAAAACAAGGGCUUCAGUGGAUCCCAUGCAGACUUGUGCAAAAAUAAGGAUGUCAAAAAAGCAAUCCUUGAAGACAUGGUGAGGCUCGGGAAAGAGGCCGGUCUGAAGACUUUUGAGCAGGUCAAAGGCAUUGCUCUCCACUUGGAAUUAUUUAGUGUGGAGAAUGGCCUUCUGACCCCAACACUGAAGGCAAAGAGACCAGAUCUCCGGAAAUAUUUCAGGUCACAGAUUGAUGAACUCUAUUCUACUAUUAAGAUUUAAUAUUGAGGAAGAUAGCUUGGACAAAACAUAACCGCACACCUCUAAAAGAUCUACUUCUACUGUUGGCCUUCAUAUUGGUAAUUUUGACUACAGCAAACAUAGGGAAGGAGGCUUGUUUGGACGGGGUUCUUGACAUAGGAAUUUUGAAGGAAACAGAACACUGCCUUACUGUCACCUUGUGUUGCUGAC